AUGACCUCCAAGCAAACCUCAAUCCCAGAAGCCAAAGGCGGCCUUGGUGACUUAUCUCUACAGCCUGAAGAUCUCCAAAAAUGUAGUUGGGAUCAGCUCCUAGAAAUGUUCUCCAGCGCAUUAAAGGAGCACGAACAGCUUGACAGAGAUCUUCAGCACCAGACGAUGGAAUUACUCAAGGUUUUUGAGAUAUGGACACAGGUAACUGUUUCUCGUGAUGAGGACAGGUCGUAUAAGAGAUUCCAGACACGAAUGCAACAUGUCCAGAAUUCUGAGCGGGAGCUAGAAGAGAAAAAGGAACACUAUGCAAAUGUUGUCAAAGCAUUUGAAAGCGCGUUGGCGCUGCUUAAAUAG